CAAUCAACAAUUCGUCGUCCUCGUUCAGCUAUCAUAAUCAUAUCAUGGUUUUUAAGCGGUCUGUUUCUAUUGCCGUCAGCAGAAGGAAAGCUAUCGAGAAACUGUGGCAUCAAUGUCACCUGGAGAGUGUCAAAAAAGUCAUUUUCUCGUUCGAUCCAUUUAGGCCAAACGUAAAAUCAUGCAGAGAUGUGCUAAGUUUCGUAGGAUCAUCAAGGGUGCAAGAGACCAAUGACAAAUGUCGUGUCCAGCUACAAGUUAAGAGUGAUCGUUCUGAACCGUCCGUUGAUCUGAGCUUUGAAAACGGCUCUCGCUGCGUGAUCAAGACGGAGAACUUCACUACUGUUAACCUCAUGGAAAUAUUAAAUAGGGUUAUUGCACAAAACACCUUAGAGAAGCCUAAUUCACUAGAAACAGCAAGCAAGUAGCGUAAUUAAAGCAGCGUUCACAGACCUUAUGAUCAGUAAAAGGAAUUACUUGUUGGGAUUUCUGUAACCCUAAUGUCAUACUGAAUAUAGUGAUGAAUAUCAUGUCAUGUGACAAAACACACAGGUUUGGAAGUCGGUGACUGCUCAUGCGAUAUGUUAAAAACUAGUUGGCUCUUUGUACUGUAUACACCUGCAUGUAUUCAAACAGCUAAUAGGUAACCGUAUACAAGCAUUAAUUAUGAGCUGUGAAUUACAGAGGGACAUUGAUAUGGUCAUGUAACAUAUUGGUAUGCCCUAUGGACACUGCAGCACCAUGAAGAAUUCAGAUGUUUGACAAUGUGAAUUGAAACUUUGUAUUUUAAACGUGUAUUCUACAUUGUCAACAGUGUAAUACAUUUGUAAAUAUGCAGUAUGUAGCAGAUUUCUGAAUACAGUUUCUUGAAUUACAUGA